ACUCACCAGAAGACUUCGACUGGAUGGUGGACUACCUCAAUGACAUUUAUUCCGACGACCACGAAGCGGCAUACGACAUCCUUUUGCUACUAGGUACCAUAAAAGGGAGCUGCAGCCCUGCUAAACAACAUCUGUUUAUUGAGAGACUUAUCGCCUGCAUGGACAGUAACAUACCUUUCCAUUUACGCCAUGCCGCUCUUCGCGCUGCUCACAGUGCCCGGGAAGAAAUCGCCUCGAUCGAUACCAUUGAUGAUGCGAGGCUACGAGAGAUGGUUUUAACCAAUCUCUCCCCCGCUAUCAUGUCCGUGGUUUGUCUGCACCCAAGUCCAAUGCCCGCCAAUGAUGGUUCUGACCGCUUUUUCGAUUAUCACCGCGACUUGUGCUAUCUGGAAAUAAUAUUUGCCCUCGCGAGGAAUUCCAUCUGGCACCCCCAUUUAUCUCAGGAUCGCCAUAUCGAUCGGUGCAUUAGCAUGAUUCCGAAGUACUGCAAUUCCGAAUACUACAGCCAGCAUGCCUUUUACAUUGCUGGUAUUCUCCUCCAAAUUGCACCUGAACAGUCAUCGGAUACAUCGCUCGAUUCUGUCACAGAGCAGCAGUGGUGGGACACACACGAUCUAGAGCUCCUUGUCUUUGUGGAACGCACAAAGAAGUAUAUGCAGAUCGCUUCGAUAUCUGAUCUCCAGAAUCUCAUCGGAAAAGUGGAUGAUGUUCUCGACAAUAUGGAGCCGGAGAUGGAACUGAAUAUGCAAGAUCUAGAGGAAGAAGGGGCGGUCACCAUUGCGGUGAAGAAGUUGAGGAAUACAGCGAGGAACAUGCUGGAGAGCUUAGUCAACAACUGUUAGUCUAAUUAUGAUGGUGCUUGCAUGUUGUGUUAGAGUCCUGGAGUCACAGGGGAGUGCUUGUGCGGAAGUGGGGAGUAUCAAGACAUGAACGAAAUCAAUAUUGAAUUGUCA